AUGGGGGCGACAGCCGCGGCGGCGGCGGUUCUGCUCCUCGCCGUCGUCGCCUGCUCCGCGGCAGCGCCGCCGCAGCUCAAGCACGCCACGAUCUCAGGGAACGCCGGCAAUGUGCUUCAAGACAACCCGGUGGGGAAGAUCAAGGUCUUUGUCUACGAGAUGCCGAGGAAGUACAACCAUUACCUGCUGGAAAAGGAUGGCCGUUGCCUGUACCACAUGUUCGCGGCGGAGAUCUUCAUGCACCAGUUCCUGCUUGGGAGCGCGGUGCGGACCCUCAACCCCGAGGAGGCGGACUGGUUCUACACCCCGGUGUACGUGACAUGCGACCUGACGCAGCAGGGGUUCCCGCUGCCGUACAGGGCGCCUCGGAUCAUGAGGAGCGCCGUGCAGUACAUUGCGGCGACGUGGCCGUACUGGAACAGAACUGAAGGGGCAGAUCACUUCUUCCUUGCUCCUCAUGACUUCGGGGCAUGCUUCCACUAUCAGGAGGAGACUGCGAUUCAGAGGGGGAUCCUGCCGGUGCUUCGGCGUGCGACGCUGGUUCAGACGUUUGGGCAGAGGAACCAUCCGUGCAUGCAGAGUGGCUCCAUCAUCAUCCCUCCCUACGCCAACCCGCAGAAGAUGCAGGCUCACCUCAUCUCCCCCGGCACACCUCGGUCCAUCUUCGCCUACUUCCGCGGCCUCUUCUACGACAUGGGCAACGACCCCGAGGGCGGCUACUACGCGAGGGGCGCUCGCGCGUCGGUGUGGGAGAACUUCAAGGACAACCCUUUGUUCGACAUGUCGACGGAGCACCCGUCGACGUACUACGAGGACAUGCAGCGCGCCAUCUUCUGCCUGUGCCCGCUGGGGUGGGCGCCGUGGAGCCCGCGGCUGGUGGAAGCCGUGGUGUUCGGGUGCAUCCCGGUGAUCAUCGCCGACGACAUCGUGCUCCCGUUCGCGGACGCCAUCCCCUGGGAGCAGAUCAGCGUGUUCGUCCCCGAGGCGGACGUGCCGCGCCUCGACUCCAUCCUGGCGUCGGUGCCGCCGGAGGACGUGGUCCGGAAGCAGCGGCUGCUGGCCAGCCCGGCCAUGAAGCAGGCGGUGCUGUUCCACCAGCCGGCGGCGAGGGCCGGGGACGCCUUCGACCAGGUGCUCAACGGGCUGGCGCGCAAGCUGCCCCACGGGAAGGGCGCGUUCCUGCAGCCCGGGGAGAAGGUGCUCGACUGGAACGCCGGCCAGGAGAGCGACCUCAAGCCCUGGUAGUGAGUCCUGUGUAUGUAGAUCGCGCCUGUACAUUUCAGUUUUUCUUCAGACCACACUUGUUGUUCUUUCUUUUUUGUCCCGUUUCGUUCGUUCUUUCUUUCUUUCUUUUUUUGCGUGUAUGCAGCAGCAGCAGCCAGCAGAGAUAGAGAAGCAGCCCAGCGUGACGUUUGUA